AUGUCUGGCACUACAUCUGGCCCCGCGAAGAUGAAGAAAGACGAGUCAUUCCUGGGCAAACUGGGAGGCACUCUGGCGCGUAAAAAGAAGUCCAAAGAAGUGAGUGACCUUCAGGCAGAGGGUAAACAUGCCAUCACCGCCCCCAUGCUGCCUCCAGGGGCCGAGCUCCAUCCUGAGGACACACUGCUGGAGGAGAACGCUGAGAGGAUCAUGCUCGACCCAACGUCCAGAGAAAGUCUUAAAUUUAAAGAUCUGGUCAAGGUGCUGAUGGACUGGAUCAACAGUGAGCUGGAGGAGGACCGCAUCAUCGUCAAAGACCUGGAGGAGGACUGCUACGAUGGACAAGUGCUGCAGAAGCUCUUCGAGCAGCUCUCGGGCCGGAAGCUGAACGUGGCGGAGGUGACUCAGUCUGAGAUCGGUCAGAAGCAGAAGCUGGAGACGGUUCUGGCGGCGGUGAACGAGAAGCUGCGUCCUCACGGCUGGACCAUCGAGUGGAGCGUGGACUCGAUCCAUUCAAAGAACAUCGUGUCCAUCGUGUAUCUGCUCGUCUCCAUGGCGAUGCACUACCAGGCUCCCAUCAGACUUCCUGAACACGUCUCUGUACAAGUGGUGGUGGUCAAGAAACAAGAUGGCGUCCUGCACACGUCCGUAGUGACCAAAGAGUUGACCAGCACCACAGAGAUGAUGUUGGGGAGGUUUGAGAGAGACGCCUUUGACACUUUGUUGGAUCACGCUCCCGACAAACUGAACGUGGUCAAAACGUCUCUCAUAACCUUCGUGAACAAACAUUUGAACAAACUGAACCUGGAGGUGACGGAGCUGGAGACUCAGUUUGCAGAUGGAGUCUACCUGAUCUUACUGAUGGGGCUACUGGAAGACUACUUUGUCCCUUUGUACAACUUCUUCCUGACGCCCGAGAGCUUUGAGCAGAAGGUUCACAACGUUGCGUUUUCGUUUGAGCUCAUGCAGGACGGCGGCCUGAAGAAGCCCAAAGCCCGACCAGAAGAUGUGGUCAACCUGAACCUCAAGUCCACUCUGCGCGUCCUCUACAACCUUUUCACCAACUACAAAAACUCGGACUGA